GAUUUCUCAUUUGAGUAAUCUAAAAUGAACUGAUUGUUUAGGUGCUAAAUAAUCUCUCUCUACAGUAGUUCUAAAGAUAUGUAUGUAAGGGCUAAUGUCAAUUCCUAAUUACCAUCAGUAUUUUGCUCUCCAUCCUAACCAUUUUUCCUUUGCAGCUAGAGCCACUUGUGCACCAAGUUGGAGGUCAUUCAUCCAUGUUUGUGUUGGAUGACACAACUUUAUGCAAACCACUGAUUGGGAGAGAAUACAGAUUUUACCGCACCCUUCCCCCGGAAGUAAAGAAGUACACCCCACAGUUUCACGGUACAUUGCAAGUGGUCCUUCAAGAAGCAGGGGAUGGUUUGUCUCUGGCUGCGCUACCCAAUGAACAAAUGCCUUCAGCGAGAAGUAACCAAGCGGCGCUGAAGCAAGGAUGUCUCAGGCGCAUUAGUUCCAGUAGUGUUGAACUAGAAAGUGAUGAAGAGGAUGAGCACCCAGUCACCCCACCAACGUCACCCAACAGUGCCUGCAGUGCAGCCACGAACACCAGAACCUCAGCAGAUGAAAAUAUAUCAUCUCUUACUCAUCCAGACACACACAAUCCUUGGCUACAGCAAUGCCACCAGACAACACUGCACAAACUGAAACAAAAGUCUGAUUCUUCUAAUGUUGUAGAAUGUAUAAUGCUGGAGAACCUCACCUUCAAGUUCAGAUAUCCAUGUGUUCUUGAUCUGAAGAUGGGGACAAGACAAUACGGGGAUGACGCUCCGGAAAGCAAACGCAAAAGUCAAACUGCCAAAGCGGCUAACACAACCACAAUCACGUUAGGAGUCAGAUUGGUAGGAAUGCAGGUAUACAACAAGGAAGAAAAUUGUUAUGUAUGCAAGAACAAGUAUUAUGGGCGCCAGCUUUCAGAAGAUGGCUUCAAACAGACUUUAUGGCAAUUUCUACAUAAUGGUCGAAGACUUCGUUUAGAUAUAUUGGAAAUUAUUAUUAGCAAGUUAGAAGAAUUACAUACUAUUAUAUCUAAACUUGACUCAGUUCGUUUCUUUACUUCUUCGUUAUUAAUCCUUUAUGAUGGAAACGACCCUUGUCAUUUAAAGCCCCAUCAGCGUGAAAGUGAAAGAGAGAAGGAUAACAAAACUCCAGAUAACGCAAGAGUAAAGACAUGGACGGAGACACGGCAAGAUGACAGCACAACCCACCGCGAAAGUUGGCCGUCCAAGGAGGCCACGGCAUCAUCCCUAAGUGCCAAACACCCAGCAUAUAUGCGAGAAACACUGAUGACUGGGGGUGGGAAGGCGCCAAGAGAACAGAUCAGCAGAAGCGAAGGAGAACCCCCAUACAAGGCAAAAGGCCGGCACAGACACAGGGAGUGCAAACCACGCGUCGACAUCCGUCUCAUAGAUUUUGCUCAUGCUACUCACAAGGGUAUGGGUGAUGCGAAAAAGUACCAUGGCCCAGACGAAGGAAUCAUGUUAGGGCUAGAUAGUCUCGUCAAGAUAUUUCAAGACAUUAGAGAAAAAUUUGAUCAUUGACAUAAAUCUUCAUGGAUCUACUUAUCUUAGGUCUCUCACAGGUGUUCUUGUCUAUGUUAGACAUCAUUACAUCACACUUCAGAUUCAUAACAUCAUGAGUGUAUUGUGUAUGCAAAUGUAGUUAUGACUAUUAUUCCAUGUCAGAAAGAUGUAAAUAGGUUAUCACUGAUUCUGUAUUCCAUUGAAAGAGUAUAGAUUUAGCAGCCAGUGUUUCCUGGCCUGUAAAGUUUAUACUGAGUUUAAUGGUAAAAAAUCUCAUCUUUUGCAAAUGUUUGGCUGUUCAGAAGAGGAACAGUGCUGUGCCAAAUCAUCAUCUGUCCUUGCAUAUGUGUGUGUCGGGAAGGGAUCAGUUGAUAGGCGACGGAAGUCUUAAAAUUAUUCAGCAGGUUUGUUCUAUCGUCUCAUUUUCAUAUCCUAUAGUAAUGGCUUUAAGAAAGUAAAAUAUUCACUGGUUUAUAGGUUUAGUGAAUGAGUCAUUAUUUAUAUUUUAAUUUGGUUGUGCUUUUUUUUUUUUUUUUUUUUUUUUUUU